AUGGCCUCCAGGUUGGUGUUGGUCAUUGGCGACCUCUUCAUCCCGGAUCGAGCGCCGGAGAUUCCGCAAAAGUUCCGCAAACUCCUUGCUCCGGGAAAGAUUGGACAGGUGAUAUGUCUGGGCAACAUCACAGAUAAAGAGACGUACGAUUUCCUGCGGCAGACGGCCCCAGAUUUGCACAUCGUGAAAGGUGACUUCGACACCGAAGCAUCCAACUUAGCUUUGUCGAAAGUAGUCCAACAUGGAGGACUUCGCAUCGGCUUCACACACGGGCACACCAUCAUUCCCCAGGGAGAUGCGGAUGCCUUGCUGAUAGCCGCCCGCCAAAUGGAUGUUGACAUCUUGUUGUGGGGUGGUACACACAAGUUCGAGGCAUACGAGCUGGAGGGCAAAUUCUUCGUCAAUCCGGGUAGCGCUACCGGCGCAUUCAGCACAAGUUGGUUGGCCAUCGACGAAGAUCCGACUCCCAGUUUCUGCUUGAUGGACAUCCAGGGAGAUGUCCUCGUAUUAUACGUCUAUCAACUGCGAAAGGAUGAGAGUGGAAAUGAAAAUGUGGCUGUGGAGAAGGUUUCUUUCAGAAAGCCAUCUCCUGUCGAGGCAUGA